AUGGCGUCGGUUGUCAGCCCUCUGAAGGGGACUUCUGUCAAUCUUCCCUGGAAAUUGUUGGUUGCGGCUGCGCAACCAUACCAAACACUUUCAGGCCCAGCGCUGUCAGUCAACUUUCUCCAGCAACCGACCCUUAUGCCAUUUCAGCAGUUUCCUCUUCAUCACGCUGGCAUCCCGGGAUUGUACUUUCACUCACUCCUGCACAGCCUAGCUGAGUUUGCAACAACACCGCGGCCGGUGCGAGACAACCACGUGAAAAUGCUGCAUGCGCCAAUGGAAGACUUCUGGCAGAGGGUUGGAGUUCUAAAUUGUGCGUAUUACACGUUCUUUACGCCUUUUAGCGGACAGCAUCCAGCACUUGGGGCUGUUGAAUUGUCGUUAUCGCCACAGCGCAAGCAAAGGGAUGUGCGCUUAACCCUUUACAAUGGAGUGUACCAACCCAUUGCCACAAUGAUAUGCACAGGAGAAGCUGAUGAUCCUUCUUGCAACAUUCCGUCGCAGCAUGACGCUUUAGCGUGGCCGAAGCCGCAUAGCUGUCUUGAUGGAGAUGCGUUUGGUGCGUCGCUAAUUGGAAAUGUGUCAAAGCUUUCCGAUGGCUGCUUCAUGCAGGAAGCACUCUUUACAAACAGUAGUGAGUCUGAGGAGGACGUGGUGCCGCCGUGGCGGGUGGACAGGUGUGUAGCAGAUUUCUGCCGUUCUCUAGCAGUGGCAGGAUUCCUCGCACCGCAUGUUCCUAGUGGAAAACAAUGUCACUUUACCAUCGCUGCUCAACAGACCUUGGCACAUGAUGAUGUCAUGAGUGGGGAAUCGGUUGUUGUUGUGACUGCCGCCCCCCGUGUAUUCGCCAAGUAUCGAAUGCCCCCGUGGCGUCAUCAAAUUGGUCUGCCUCUGUUUGGACCUGGUGUGUAUCCGCUCUGUGUGGCACUUCGUGUGGAGAUGAGGCAGAAGGGAUACACGGUUAAUUCGGGAACGUACUUCCUUAUGGACACGGGGUUGAGUGUGUGA